GUGAUUUCGACGGUUUAUGCUGUACCAUGACCUGGGAACAUCUGGAACGUGGAAGCUCCCCCGUGGACUGGUGCGAAGGAAAUUAUCUCGUUUCACCAGACAUUGCAGAAUUCGUCAAUACGAUAAGUAACAUUCUGUUUCUGCUCGGACCGCCGUUCCUCAUCUACCUGUUUAAAGAUUACGGUAGAUUCAUACAACCUGCCAUCCAUCUGAUAUGGGUGCUGUUGAUAGUGGUCGGGUUGUCGUCUGCUUAUUUCCACGCCACGCUCAGCCUGCUCGGCCAGUUGCUGGAUGAGUUGACCAUACUGUGGGUAUUUAUGGCCACGUUGAGCCUCUUCUGUCCGCGACGUCAUUUCCCGCGGAUAUUCAAACGAUCGAGGAAACGUUUCUGCUUGUCUAUGACCAUAUUUUCGAUUGCAGCAACGGCUCUCUCAUUUUGCCAUCCCGCCAUAAAUGCGUUUGCGCUCAUGUUUCUGGCCAUACCGGCAACUUACCUGCUGUAUAAGGAGUUGAAAAUCGUGCAAGAUGAACGUGUCUAUCGACUCGGGGUGCGUAACACAACUAUCCUGAUAAUGGCCAUCGUUUGCUGGAUUAACGAUCGCAUGUUUUGCGAUACAUGGUCGUCGAUGAACUUUCCAUAUCUCCACGGCUUCUGGCACAUUCUCAUCUUCAUAUCCGCUUACCCAGCCUGUGUGCUGUUUGCUUAUUUUUUCGUCAACGACGAGCGCCCAGAAAGCCGACCCGUGCUCAAGUACUGGCCACGAAACGACUUUGAGCUCGGUAUACCGUACGUGUCGAUUAAUUGUGAUAAAAAGUUCGAUGAUGCUAUUUAAGAGGCAGCGUGGACUGUCCCUAAUAAUCGAUCAGUUUCUCUCUGCAUGCCAAAAAGUACGCUUCAUUACCUUGACGUAGCAAAUGAUUACCCAUCAUCGAUACGAAAGCAGAACGAUGAAUCUCGAAAAUGUACCAAAAAGGAAACAACGACGCUUUACGCUAUAUCUAACGUCUGGGCAAUGAAAAAGGUUAGAAGGAUUUGAACAUUUUCUUUAGCAAGGAUUUGAACACGUGAUUUGAUCUAACCAGCAGCAAUACAGACUUGAUUAACAUGUAUAUAAAAUCAAUACCGCUAGGGUAUGCAGUUCAACCAGGAGUGAUACUAGAAAUAUUAUUUUAUGUGUUGCAAUAGAUCACCGAAUGAUAGAGAGGCUGGUGAGCGUUGGUGAUAGGCAGAUUCAAAUAUUCAUUAUGCAAAACUUCUGCCUAUUGGUUUUAAAGAGUUUUAAUAAA